CAAACUGUCAUCAACAUGUCCCUCAAACUCAAUCUCACUACUCUUGUUUUGCUCAUUCACUCAUUUAUAGGCUCCACUGAUGCUAAUGAGGAUGAUAUCCGUUGUUUGAAAGAGAUUAAAGCUUCCCUCGAAGACCCUCUUGGUCGCUUGAGCUCGUCGUGGGACUUCAGCAACAACACAGAAGGUUUCAUCUGUAAAUUCACAGGGGUUGAGUGCUGGCAUCCUGAAGAGUCCAAGGUCCUAAGCAUUCGUCUCUCCGACAUGGAACUCAAGGGAACAUUCCCAAGAGGGUUAGGAUAUUGCAACAGCUUGGUAGGUUUGGACCUUUCGAAUAACAAGCUCUUCGGGACUCUUCCAUCAGACAUAUCAAAGUUGCUCGGUUUCGUGACUACUCUUGAUCUCUCCUCCAACAACUUCUCAGGUGUAAUCCCAAUGACGCUUGCCAAUUGUACUUAUCUAAAUGUGCUUAAGCUUGAUCACAACCGACUUACUGGUAAUAUCCCGGAGGCGCUCCUUCUUCUUUCAAGACUCAAGGAAUUUUCUGUGGCAAACAAUCUAUUGUCAGGGAAAGUACCUGAUUUCGAUUCAAAAUAUUUCACUUCUCAAAGUUUUGCAAACAAUCCACAACUCUGUGGGGGUAAUUUGAAACCCUGCCUUUUUCACAAUCAUUACAUUAAAGCAGUUAAUCCAUUCAAAAUUGGUUUUGGAAUUGGUUAUUUGGUUUCAGCUAUGGCUGUGUUUCUCUCGCUCUCAGUGUCCUGGUUACAAGUAAAGAUGAUCACGAAGCGUAUAAUGUUUUCUUGGUUGCCCAGGAGAAAACAAGAUGAUCGACAGCUUCCCUUUCCAACUCGCAAGCACCAAAUAGAGAUUCCUCAGCUUGAAAACAUGGCUAAUAGAAUAAGUUUCUCGGAACUUUGUAAAGCAACAGACAAUUUCAGCAUGGCUAAUGUGAUAGGAAGAGGAAACACAGGGACGAUGUACAGGGCCACUCUUCCAAAUGGCUUGUUUCUUGCGGUCAAGAGGAUAGAUGACUCCCCUCACAACGAGAGCCAAUUUGUAUCUGAGCUCUUGGCUCUGGCUAGGAUGAAGCACAACAACUUAAUCCCUCUUUUGGGUUUCUGCAUAGUUGAAAAUGAAAGGUUUCUGGUCUACAAACAUAUGUCCAAUGGAAAUCUCUAUGAUUGCAUACAUCGGGUUGAAGAUGAAUCUAAAAUCCUGCAAUGGUCUCUGAGGGUUAAAGUUGGCAUGGGAGUAGCCAGAGGUUUGGCAUGGCUUCAUCACAAGUGUGUCUUUCAAGUGGUCCAUCGCAGAAUAAACUCCAGCUGUGUCUUAAUGGAUUGUUACUACGAGCCCAAGAUAUCAAAUUUUGGGCACGCAAUCAUUUCAAAUUAUGGAGGAAUAAUGUUUAUGUACCCAAAUGAGAAUGACUCUGGUUUGCUUGUGAACAGUGGGGUGUGGGAGUCUGAAUUUGUUAAGAAGGAUGUGUAUGACUGUGGCACCGUGCUGCUUGAGUUGGUAACUGGAAAGGAACCUAACUCUGAUUGCGUUACUAUUCUUCACAGCACUUUGGUGGAGUGGAUCAACCAUGUUUCAACUGGCUCUGGUUUAUUGAAUGAUGGCAUUGACAAAGCCUUGAUCGGGCAAGGAUUUGAUGGCGAAAUCUUGGAGGUGCUCAGAAUAGUAACAGAUUGUGUUAAUCCUGUGCCAUAUGAUAGGCCAACAAUGCUUCAAGUGUACGAAAGAAUGGGCAACAUUGGACUGAGAUAUGACAUUUCAUGUGACUUUUGACUCCCUGCUGCAGCCAAAACGCAGUUAACAUCUUGGAAGUAGUCUUGUAUAAUAAAAACAUAUUUUUGUAUAUGUGUUCCAUGGAACUGUAUACGCUAUACCUCCACUUUUAUACAUAUAUAAUAAAGAAAAUGCAUACAUACAUAUAUAUAUAUAUAUAUAC